AUGGAUAAGAGAAUCGAUCAUGAUGAGGAGGAUCGGGAUUCUUCAGAAUAUGAACCAAUCGACGAUGAGGAAGAUGAUAACGCGGACAGUUUCCAACAACGAAUAGUUUAUAAAGACGUUAACCCUGAUGAUUUUCAAAAUCAAUACCUGAAUGAGCAAGAGCCAUCCACUACUAAUCAUGACCAAAUGGAAAUUCCAGUUUCAAUGAAAAUUGAUUACGAAGAAAUCUAUCCACAUAACACUGUCCCCGUCGAGACAUCACAUGAAAUAAUUGAAGCUGAGAAGGUUUACUAUGAAAAUGAAAUGGAAGAUUUGGUCUACCACGAAAUUUACGGAGAAGGAAACGAUCAAAAAAUUGGAACCGACAAGAGAAUUCGAAAUAUAGUUGGAUCAAGUGCUUCUUGUAUCGUUUGUCAGCGAACGGAAUCAGAGAAAAUUCGUCUUUUCAAAUGGCCGAAAUCUGGAGAACUCAGAGAACAAUGGCUUCAUUUUUUUCGAUUGCCGUGCAGUGUUUUGGAUGCAACACAAGAACCGUAUAUCUGUUGCUAUCAUUUCUCUUCUGACACGUUCGUAAUGAUGGAAGAUCGUAUUUUCUGGAAAAUGACUGCUCUUCCAAAAUACCGACAACGUCGCCCAGGUCUUUCUGAGCCGUUUCCAUGGGAACCUGCAAUGAAACUGAAGGUAGAACAGGAGGCAUUGAACCAGCCAAGCACCAGUACUGCGUCACUCGGAUAUAGAAUUCGCUAUCGAUUGCCAUAUAAUAAGCACAAAAGUCGGAACGUUCAUCAAGUGGCCAUAAUGACACCAGUUGCUCAACCUCAUCUUUUCUAUGAAUUUCAUUUUAAUCGUUAUGGAUUGCAUAAUACGAAGUUUUAUGCUUGUUUGAACUGCCGAAAAGCAAAAACUGAAAGUGGAAUUCGAGAUGUUAUUCGGACGAUUCAUCUGGACGGUUACAAGUUUCUAAGUAAUGGAGACCCUUUUAAUGGACACCAUUUUGCAUGUCGACCUCAUAACAUUUAUGAAAACAAGUCACAGUGGCGUCCAAUAGCCGGUCAGAACGAAGAAAACGGUAUUUAUCAAAGUGUCGAAUACAUGGAUCCUACGGGAGAAUCUUUGGAAUGGCACUCAGUUAUUCGACCAGAGGUUGAAACGCCGGACGAUGAUGUGCCACAUUCACGAGAUGACCCUCCGGUUAUGUUGUUUGACAACUUUGAAAAUCCAAUAACAGAAGAAGUGAUUGAGACGGAAUAUGUUACUGAAGAGCCUGCUGCUGCUGAUUUACAGUAUUCACAAUUAGACGAAUCAGAAGUCGAGAUGAAACCAUCUCAAAAAGCGUCGAAAAAAUUCAGAAUUAAAUGUCAUCUCUGUUUGAAAACCAAUUUUCCAUCUACUCAGAUGUUUGUGAAUCAUUUACAAAAACAUAUUCUCGACGAAAAGCAAUGCAAGAAAUGUGCUAAACGCAUUUCUUGCGAUUCUCGUGCAAUAUGCGCUCGGCGAGGUAUUUGUGAAAAUUGCAUUUCAUAA